ACCAAGACAUAGUUCUAGUAAGAGAAGUUGAUCCUGUUGGUGUCUCCAUUUUGUUUCUUAAAAUUGGGAGCUCGGGGAUGGCUCCCGUCCCUUUGCUAGUUUUCUUUGCCCUCUUUCACCCUUUGCUUAUUUGCGCUGCCAAAGAAGAUGGCUUGGCCUUCAAGAAGUGUCCGCCUUUCAAUUGUGGAAAGCUCGGAGAAAUCGGGUUCCCAUUUACCAAAAACACAAGUCCUGAGAUAUGCGGUCCCUGUAUGGUGAAUGGUUGUAACGAAAAUUCUCAAAGGAUCCAACUAGUAAGGGGAGGAAAAUGGUUUGAACUUGAAAGCAUCUCUCAGGCUGAUACCAUUUCAAUCACCGAUGAAGAAUUACGGGGACAUUUGAAUUCCAAUUCAUGCGAUUCCUUCAACAGUUUGAGUCUUCCACCAAGUCUCCCAUACUUCUAUAAUAAAAAAUUCUCCAACCUAACUUUAUUCAAAUGUGACCCCAGUGUCAAUUUUCCUCACCGUCUUGAAUUGAACUAUACAGGAUGCAAGAACUUCAGCAUCUAUUAUACUCGCAACACCAGUCUGCCUAGUCCUCCACCUACCUGUUCAAUUCUUCAGCUCCCAGUGACUAAUACCGAGAGUUAUGGUGACAUAUUCAGGCUGUUAACAGCUACCUUCUCUAUUAAAGUGUCUGUAUUGCCUUUCUGUUAUCAAUGUUAUUUGCAAAGAGGGGACUGUAAAAUCAACAAAGGAAACCUCAAAUGCAUCUAUUCAAUUAAAGAGAGAAAAAAAUUGAGAUUGAAGCUCGGACUAGGUCUCGUAGUCCCUUUCAUGGUAUUAAUAAUUUUGGUGUCCGUAUUUUUCAUCCGGUGGCAUCGACACAAGAGAAAACACAUUUCCUCUAACGUCAAUUCAGCAAAUGCUUCUUCAGAUCCCUCAUCAAAAUCAGACCCGGAAGGGGACACUAACUACUUUGGGGUCCCCAUCUUCUCCUAUUCUGAACUUGAAGAAGCCACAAACAACUUCGAUUCCAAACACGAACUUGGUGACGGAGGUUUCGGAACUGUAUAUUACGGCAAACUCCGAGAUGGGCGGGAAGUUGCAGUCAAGCGCCUAUAUGAACACAAUCGUAAGAGGAUAAAGCAGUUCAUGAAUGAAAUUCAAAUCCUUACCCGCCUGCGCCACAAAAAUCUUGUGUCUCUUUAUGGGUGUACUUCUUGCUACAGCCGCGAGCUCCUCCUUGUCUAUGAAUACAUUCCCAAUGGCACAGUUGCAGAUCAUCUCCAUCAUGAUCGAGCCAAAUCUGGUUCACUAACUUGGACUAUUCGAAUGAGGAUUGCCAUAGAAACGGCUAGCGCAUUGGCUUAUCUGCAUGCAACUGAUAUCAUUCACCGGGAUGUAAAAACGAACAAUAUCCUUCUUGACAACAAUUUCUGUGUGAAAGUUGCAGAUUUUGGGCUUUCCAGGUUGUUCCCCAACGAUGCCACUCACAUCUCAACUGCUCCACAGGGAACACCUGGCUAUCUUGACCCAGAAUACCAUCAGUGUUACCAGCUGACAGCUAAGAGUGAUGUCUAUAGCUUUGGUGUUGUCCUCAUUGAGCUCAUAUCAUCAAUGCCUGCUGUUGAUAUGACUAGGAAUCAGCAUGAGAUUAAUUUGGCCACAUUAGCAAUGAACAUGAUUCAAAAAUGUGCAUUUGAUGAGUUGAUUGACCCAUAUCUUGGGUACAAGUCAGAUGAGGAAAUUAAAAGAAUGACAACUUCAGUUGCAGAGUUGGCUUUUUUAUGCUUGCAGCAGGGCAAGGAAAUCAGACCUUGUAUGAAUGAGGUGCUAAAGGAACUAAAAGCAAUGGAGAGUGGGGGGUAUGAGUUGGGGAAUCUGGAACAGGAGCAUGGUGAUAACGAUGCAUCAAAGAAAAAGGAACCUCCGGAUUGUGAUGUGGCUGCAUUGCUAAAGAAUAUCCGGUCACCGCUGUCAUCGAAUUCCACAACUGAUCAGUGGUUUAGCAGUUCUACUACACCUAAUGUUGAUCCAAUAGUGGUCGAUAGAGAACGGAAGAGGAGCUAGAAAUGCUUGGUCAUGGCAAGUUCUAUUCAUAAGUGUAAGGCAUAUAUCUCCAAGCCAAUUGGAAACUGAAGAUACCAUAUUGUUAUCUAAGGUUUGAAUGUAGGGGCUAGGGAGGCCGGGAGAAGAAUUCUUCUUUUUGCGAGGAGGACGUGCUUUUCUAAAAUAAUUUAUUUGAUGAUACAAACAUACAUGAAUAAGACAAAUAAAAAAAAAACUUAUCACCCGUAAAAAAAAUAUAAAAAUAUGUCCCGUUCAUAUUUCUUCUCUAUUUAUAUCUAGUUUUGUCUUCUUUAGAUUUUGUCCAUGUGUUGAUUCUUUGAUCUCUACAAAGCAAGGCAAAGGACAAGACAGACUUUUCCAAAGCCCUCUUCUAAUCUAUGAAGACAACAUAAUUUUCUCAUUUUCCAAGAUAUUCCAUUCAAAGGAGGGAAGGAAGGAAGGAAGGAAGGAAGCACGCACUUUAAGAAAACUAAAGUAGAGAAUUGGAGAUUUCCAAAACUGAUCCUUUCCUCUUUCUUCCAAGCAAAACCACAAACACACAAACAUCAUUAUUACCAUCACACUGAUAGUGAUAGAUACUCCCUAUUUUUAUUUUAAAUUCAAAAUUUUCCACCGAAAUUUCAGGUAACUUAAAUAGACAGGCAAAUCAGAUAUAGAGAGCGAACAAAUUAAGAGACAACGAGGGAGGAACCUGCCAACAAUGGCGACGUUGCAGAAAUUCAAGCUUCUAGCAACACAAUGCGGCGUUGCACAGAGUCCAACACGAAGCCCGAGAACGAGUCCAGUUGUCCACCUCCCCCAGCGCCGUAAAACCACACUCCGGAUGCUCCUCGGACGCCGCUCUCCUCGUCGCCAGGAACCACAGCUACCGCCGAUUCACCCGGUGGCGCCGUUGCCGGAGAGAAAGAGAGACACUUUGAAGGACUUGUUUAUAUCUUCGGCGAUGUCGUUUGAUGAUGAAUUAGAAGAGGGGAAGAGAGGGAAAGAGAUGGAAGAUGUGAUUGGAGGAGGAUUUGGAGGUAAGUGUGACGUGUAUAGGAUGAAAGUUAACGGUUUAGGAGAUGGACCGGGUUCGCCUAGACCCGGUUGGAUCGGGCUUAGACACCGGUCUAUUUUGAGGAGAGCUUGGCGGCCUAUGCUUGUUGCUAUCCCGGAGACUGAGGAACUUCAAUGUUAAUUUGAUUUUAACUGCCAUGUCAGGGGUUUUCUACUGUUACUGAAGUGCUAGUAAAUAACUUUGGUAUUAAUCCAAUUUUUUUGGGUUAAAAAAAAAGAAAAAAAGAGAGAGAAAGAGGGAGUGUUUCUAUUUGCCGAUAUGAGUUAGGGAUGUAGAGGGGUAAUUUGAUUUAACUAUGCAAAUGAAAUACUGAAUUUCUCAAAUUCAGUUAUGAUUACAGUUAA